AUGGAGGGCUCUUUUGCCGUGCGAAAAGGGGCAUGGACUGCAGGGGAAGAUAAGCUUCUGAAAGAUUGCAUUGAGAAGGAUGGAGAAGGAAAGUGGCACCAAGUUCCUCUCAGAGCAGGCUUAAAUAGAUGUCGAAAAAGCUGUAGACAAAGGUGGUUGAACUAUCUAAAACCAAAUAUCAAGAGAGGAGACUUCGAAGAGGAUGAAGUUGAUCUAAUGAUCAGACUCCAUACGCUCUUGGGUAACAGAUGGUCAUUGAUUGCUGGCAGACUUCCAGGAAGAACAGCCAACGGUGUAAAGAACUAUUGGUAUACACAUCUACGUAAGAAGUUACCUUCUCGCAUUAAAUUCGACGUGAAAGAUAAACAAAAAGACAUGAUCAUCAAGAAGGUGACUGUAAUAAAACCUCGACCUCGAAGCUUCUCCCAUUUGUUAAAUGGGAAACCUACAACUAAAGAAAGCAGCUUUCAACAGAAGGACCAUGCAGCUAUAAACAUGUCUCCAUCGCUGAUGCCAUCUGAGAAUACAAUCAAUUGGUGGGAAAGCUUGUUGGAUGACUGGCAAAGUAAUGAAAUAGACCCAUUCAUGAGUAACGUAGGUGGGUUAUGUAAAGAGCCAAGUCUUGGGGCUGAUGUCUCUUUUGACAUGAACAGCCUUCAGGAUUUUCUUGGCGUGGAAUAA